CGCCUCGCUCCUGUUUGGCGCCGGGGCUGCUGCCGAGCCGCUCCGCUCCCGAGACCGCGUGCACCACCUUGGCUCGCCCUCGCCCGCCGCCUCAGUCAUGAUCAUCUACCGCGACUGCAUCAGCCAGGAUGAGAUGUUCUCCGACAUCUACAAGAUCAAGGAAGUCGCCAGCAGCCUCUGCCUCGAGGUGGAGGGGAAGAUGGUAAGCCAGAAAGAAGGAGAAAUCGAUGAUGCUUUAAUCGGUGGAAAUGCAUCUGCUGAAGACCCAGAAGGAGACGGGACGGAGGCUACAGUUGUCACUGGCGUUGACAUCGUAAUGAAUCACCAUCUUCAAAAAACAAGUUUCACUAAAGAGAAGACGUACAUCAAGGACUACAUGAAAGCAAUCAAAACCAGACUUGAGGAAACAAAACCAGAGAGAGUAAAGCCAUUCAUGACAGGGGCUGCAGAACAAGUCAAACAUAUCCUUGCAAACUUCAAAAAUUACCAGUUUUUUGUAGGAGAGAACAUGAAUCCUGAAGGCAUGGUGGCGAUGCUGGAUUUUCGUGAAGAUGGUGUAACCCCAUAUAUGAUUUUUUUAAAGGAUGGAUUAGACAUGGAAAAAUGUUAACAAGAGGUCUUCCCUCCUGGAUCAUCUGUCGUCCUCCUCAUCAUCAUAAUUGGCUGCUGCUCUUUCCUCAUCCACAAACCA